AUCGGCCAUUUUGGGCAGAAGGGGGCUUUCUCUCACCACGUGAAAAAGGAUAGCCCAAAAGGGUGUUUUUUUAGGAAAUAGCGACAAGACAAGGGGCUCGAACAAAGGAAUAGAGAUACACACCGGUCUUAUUCACAUGUGCUGAGAGGAAGGGAACGCUGGUAAUAGGAACAAAAUGCCAACUCUGCCGCCUAAGGAGAACGCUCUCUUUAAGAGGAUCCUGAGAUGCUACGAACACAAGCAGUACAGAAAUGGCCUGAAAUUCUGCAAACAGAUCCUCUCUAACCCUAAGUUCGCCGAACAUGGAGAAACAUUAGCGAUGAAGGGACUGACGCUGAACUGCUUGGGAAAGAAGGACGAAGCGUACGACCUGGUCCGGCGGGGUCUGCGCAACGACCUCAAGAGUCAUGUCUGCUGGCACGUGUACGGCUUGCUUCAGAGGUCAGACAAGAAGUACGACGAGGCCAUCAAAUGCUACAGAAAUGCACUGAAGUGGGACAAGGACAAUCUCCAGAUCCUGAGGGACCUGUCGCUGCUGCAGAUCCAGAUGCGGGACCUGGAGGGCUACAGGGAAACCAGGUACCAGCUGCUUCAGCUCAGGCCUGCUCAGCGGGCCUCGUGGAUUGGCUAUGCAAUAGCAUAUCACCUGCUGGAGGACUACGAGAUGGCCGCGAAGAUCAUAGAGGAAUUCCGCAAGACGCAACAGACUUCUCCGGAUAAGGUAGACUACGAGUAUAGUGAGCUUCUGCUGUACCAGAACCAGGUCCUCAGAGAAGCAGGACUGCACAAAGAAGCCCUCGAGCACCUCGCCACAUACGAGAAGCAGAUUUGUGACAAGUUGGCCGUCGACGAGAUGAAAGGGGAUCUGCUGAUCCAACUGGACCGUCUGGACGAGGCUACUGAGGUAUACCGACAGCUGCUGGAAAGGAACCCCGAGAACUGGUCCUACUAUCGCGGCUUGGAGAAGGCACUAAAACCGGCCAGUGUCGAGGAGAAACAAAAAAUGUAUGAAGACACAUGGGAUAAAUACCCCAAAGCACUAGUGCCAAGAAGACUUCCGCUCAACUUCCUAGCAGGUGAAAAGUUUAGGGAAUGUUUGGACCGAUAUCUAAGAAUGAACUUCAGUAAGGGCUGUCCUCCUGUUUUCACCACACUGAAGUCCCUUUAUAAAGACAAGGAUAAGGUGUCAAUAAUCGAAGAAUUAGUUGUUGGUUAUGAAACAUCUUUAAAUAGCUGCCGUAUGUUCAGUCAGGAUGACGACGGGAAGGAGGAGCCACCCACCACGCUGCUUUGGGUUCAGUACUUUCUGGCUCAGCACUACGACCAGAUCGGCCAGCAGAGUUCGGCCCUGGAGUAUAUUAACACCGCCAUCGAUAGCACGCCCACGCUCAUUGAGCUCUUCCUCAUCAAAGCCAAAAUCUACAAGCACGCCGGUAACAUCCGUGAGGCCGUGCGGUGGAUGGACGAGGCCCAGGCUCUGGACACGGCCGACCGCUUCAUCAACUCCAAGUGCGCCAAGUACAUGCUGAAGGCGGGCAUGGUGAAGGAGGCAGAGGAAAUGUGCUCCAAGUUCACGCGGGAGGGCGCAUCUGCCGUGGAGAACCUGAAUGAGAUGCAGUGCAUGUGGUUCCAGACUGAGUGUGCGCUGGCCUACAAGGCCAUGAACAAGUACGGCGAGGCGCUCAAGAAGUGCCACGAGAUCGAGAGGCACUUCGUGGAGAUCACGGAUGACCAGUUUGACUUCCACACAUACUGCAUGAGGAAGAUGACCCUACGCUCCUAUGUGGACCUGCUGAAGCUGGAGGACGUGCUCCGCAUGCACCCAUUUUACUACAAGGCCUCGCGGACGGCCAUCGAGAUUUACAUCGCCCUGCACGACCACCCGCUGACCGACGAGAACAAGGAGCUGGCAGCCGACACAGCGAACCUUUCGGACAAGGAGCUCAAGAAGAUGCGGAACAAGCAGAGGCGAGCGCAGAAGAAGGCGCAGCUGGAGGAGGAGAAGAAGAACGCGGAGAAGGAGAAACAGCUGAAGAACCAGAAGAAGAAGAAGGAGGACGACGACGAGGAGAUCGGCGGCCCCAAGGAGGAGCUCAUCCCUGAGAAACUGGCUAGGGUAGACAAUCCACUGGAGGAAGCAGUGAAGUUCCUUACUCCGCUGAAAACUCUGGUGAAGAAUAAAAUAGAGACGCAUCUCCUGGCAUUUGAGAUCUACUUCAGAAAAGAGAAGUUCCUGUUGAUGUUGCAGUCCGUGAAAAGAGCUUUCUCCAUCGAUAAAGACCAUCCGUGGCUCCACCAGUGUGUCGUCCGCUUCUUCAAAGCAGUUUCUGAGAGCAAGGGUCUGGCGGUGCCGGUGAGCACCGUGCUGAAGCGGGAGAUCUCCCAGCUGUUCGGCGAGAGCAACCCCAAGCGUUUCAACGAGGCGUCCCUCAACAAGCACUCUGACUCCAUCUCACACAGGCUGGCAGCUGCCAAAAUGAUGUUCUACCUGGACUCGUCGACGGAGAAGAAGGCCAUCGAGCUGGCCAUCGCCCUGGACGAGUCGCUCAGCAACCGGACCAUUCAGAUCUGCACGGACGUGCUGGCGAACCUCCGCGAUGGCAGCCUGGGUGACGGCAAGCCGGUGGCGGAGGCCUACAGGACGGACUGUCACAAGAUCUUCCCUUACGCCCUGGCCUUCAUGCCGCCCGGCUACGAGGAGAACAUGAAGAUCGCCGUGAAUGGCGACGCGUGCGGAGAGCCCGAGGAGCUGGCCAAUGAUAUGUGAGGGGGAGGCGGGGAGGGUGCGGAGCAGGGCGGCGGUGGUGGUGGUGAGAGGGGGGGUGGCUGGGGCAAGGUGACUGCGGUUCGAGUUCCUCGGUGGCUGGGGAGGGGUCAUUGUCACACAUCCUCUGCGAGGCUGCGAUCUGGACUGGACGCGAUGGCAUUGUAUUCGAGAAGAGAGAGACAAUAAAAUGGCCAUUUUACUUUUUUUUUUAAAAAGGAGAAAAAAAACUCAAUGACUACUCUCUAACUAAAAAUAAACUGUGUAAACAGAAGGAACAGGUGUGCAGGCAAUGAGCAGGUUUUUCUGAUGGAGUCGACCCAGGUUUCUUUUGUCAAGCAUGGUAGUACAUAUAUGCUUCCCAUAUUUUUAAUGUUAUUUAAUUUAUAAAAGAGUUGUAUAAAAAAGAAAAAAAAAGAGGUAAUGGUUCUGACAGCAGUGCGGGUCCGUGCCAAAACAGAAACACUGAACUCAGGGCAUAGCAUUGAAAUGGAGAUGGAUUGUACCUGGGGAAGGAGAUUCACACCACGCUGGAUCCAUGGUGCGGUUCGGCGUGAUACGGACACCUUGAAGAGAAGGACGUCUCCCGGGAGACUGAGGUCAAAGGUUACCUGGAGUGCAGCAAGGUUGACAACUGUGUGCGCUUGAAUUUUUUUUUUUUUCCUUCACCCCCCCACACCCCCUUUUCUUCGAAAUGUGAAGGGUGGGCCACUGUAAAACAAAGCUGCAUCUUUGUAAAGAAAUAAAUUUUUUUUUUUGUCGCCGUA